UAUGUUGGUGACAUUCAUACUGAAUUACACUAUUCAUACACUACCACUAAACCAACAAUCACACUCUGUCUAACGUGCGUUUCGAACACGAUGUAACCGUCUUCAGAGCUGUAUUCUCGUUUGCAUCUGGGCAUCUUCAGAAGUCAAAAUCCGUCAGAGAAGCAAGCAACUUCUGGAGAUACCAGACGCACAAGUUGGCGAAAUUUCAGUCGGACUCGACGCUAACGGGUAAACGGUCAUUACCUAUUGAGGUACGAGCGUUCCUACUUAGGUUUUGAAAUAUAGCAACACUGAUAUUAAUAUGUCAAAUUUGACAUUGCCAUCAUGAAAUUUGACAUUGACAUUUAGUGGUAAUCAGAAUGUCUUGUCAUACGAGUGGUAUUGAUUAAACCAACAACAUUAUGCUGAUCAACUCGCUUCGAUCUGAUGAAGCACCAUCUUGAGCUACCGUGUUUCGCUAGUUUUCUGAAUUCAUUCGUGGUCCUACUUCACUUUAAGAUGAAUCUCGUGAAGGUCGUCCUCCAAAAUCGACUGUUUUGCCAGAAAACAUCGAUGUGACAUACCCUGAGUUUGAAGCAUAUUUGACAAUAUCGUGUCGUUUGGUGCAAAGAAAUGCUGAAAAAAUUCAAUCGCGAUGCUUCCAAAAACGACUAUAAGAUCGUGGAAAGUGACUGCAUGGUUCUUUCAAGGCGAGCCAAAUCCAAUAAAAGUUGAACGGUCAAUUUUCUGUUCGCCAAAAGUGUUCGGGAAACCAAUCGCAGAAAACGAAUCAUUCUCUACCACGACAGACCUUGUUUGGCACCUACUUAUUCUCGCAGAUCAAAAAUGAAUUGCGAGGUCAACGUUUUCGUACACCUGAAGAAGCGGUUGAUUCGUUCAAAUCCUAUCUUGAUCAGAGAUACAGUGCAAGUCAGUCAAGAGUCAAUGUUCCCUUUCGACUUGUUAUAUCAAGGUGGGAGCAUCCAGGUUUCAUAUGCAGUUAUGAAUCGAGGCAAAUAAUUCGACUCAUUUUAUUUGAAGCGCUUCAAUGAGGCCUGGGAAUUAAUUAUUCGAAUGCGCUUUUCGUCUAAAGUGAAGGAACGUGGCUUCCAAAUCGCCGAUAGCUUACGCAAGCAUAAUUCUACAGUUGCUAUAUGGCAAAUGCGUUAUUUUGAUAUACCGUUAGCCUCAUUCGUGAUGUAACGACUACAAUGUGUGUACUUGCACAGCCGGAUAGCCACAGCCAAUGAGAGACUUUUCCCACUAUCGGCCAUAUUGUUCAGCCGGCAAAUCAAUUCAAUGCGGGAAUUUGAAUUUUUUCGUUUGUGAUACAAAACUAUGAAAAAAUAAUUCACCAUAUGGUAAAUUGGGCUCGGUUGAAAGUUAUUUCAAUAAAAACAAUUCUUAAAUUAAUGUGAAUUCAAUAAUUUUAAAUAGAUUAAAAGACUUUUCGCCAUGUAAAGAAUGUACCUAUAUUAUAAAUUUUUUACUUUAACAAGGAGAAUUAGAUAAUAAAUAAAGUGCAUCGUGUGUGUUUUAACAAUUUAUUAAUAAAACAAAUUGUAAUUAUGGAACUACUUACAAAUAUUUUAUAGUGAUACAGCAUUUCUGCUAUUUUUUUACACUCACGUUGAAUUUUUACUGGUAGAUAGAUUCUCAGUUGGGACUGCAACUUUGAAUGACAUAUAAAUAUUUGUAUCUCCUCUAACAAUCAAGUGCUCGAGCUUUUGCACGUAGCUACUUGUUUUAAAACAAAAAACUAUAGGAUAAACUUGUAAAUACCAUGUUGAAGGUUAAGUUGUAUUUUUUCCACCCGUUGAGUAAUUUAAUAUCUUUUGUAGGAAACCUAUGGAAACUAAUAUCUUCACCUCUACAAUUCGUACAGUUAUUUGUGCAUGAAAGUACAGAAUAAGAAGACAUUUCAAUUUCAAAAACUACUCAAUGUAAAUAAAUAUAAAUCAGUCAGCUGGUGACAGCCAAUAUGGCGGAAAGUGGGACUGCGCAGUAGAGGUCGUAAAUUGGUCUUCGGUAAGAACACACCUUGUAGUCUUUACAUCAAGGCCUAAUACAAAGAUUAUAUACACAUGGCCCCAUAUAUCUUUCUAACCUUAAUCUGACGGUAUUCCAUUACCAUUUGAUGAAAUUUUUCCCGAACAAAUGAAAAAAUUACAGGGGAUUCUGUCGCUUUCAGCGGUCUCUCAUUGUUAAUAAUAAACUGAUGUACACAACAAGUUUAUUCAACUUUGUUUAAUAACAAGAGAUACAUUUUCCUCUAAUAACUAAAUUGUAAACAAAGUUUGUUUAAUUUGAACCACGUACAUUUAAGAAUGUCAAUGUGAAGUUACUACUGGCGUAUAAUUAUUUAUUAGUAUUUCUACUAGAAUAAUAUUUUGAAAGUUAUAACAAAUAUAUUAUAUAAAUUGUAUAAAUAUUUUUAAUUUCUAAUAAUAAAAUUUAUAUAAAUGAAAUUUGUUUACUUUAAUUUAAUGUAUUUUUUUAAAUGAAUUAGCAGAUUUCAAUAUCAUGUACAUUCUAGCCGUUGCCAAAUUUUUCAUUUUACGCUAUAUAGUUCAAGGUUUUUCGGGAGCCACGAACUUGGAUAGAGAAUUUUAACUAUCACAUACAAACAGUUUUGGUAUAAUGAUCUAAUUGUUUUUUUUUAUAUUCAGCUAGUGAAAAAUUAUAGUCAUAUUUUGGAAAAGUUCAAAACCAUAUAUGUAAUACUUUUAUAUGGACAGUUGGUAUGGGAAAACACGUCCCUAUGUUACGGUCUUUUCGGUACUUUGUUGAUACCAAGUACUAUUACAAGAACCGUGCAUAAUCUGAGUAGAGAACUAAGGAACUAUAAUCAUUCGAAACAAAAUAUCCUGUAAAUUGUGUUCUGAAUCGAAAUUAAUAAUUUUUCUGUUUUCUUAUUUGAUUUAACGGUUUUCUAUUUUGCGUUACACAUAUUUACAAGUCCCUAAAAUAAGAGUAUAAUUAUCUUUAUAUCAUAUUUUUAAUUGUGUAAAAUCUUCAGAGAAAUUUGUAUUGUCUUGUUUCACACUAUCUUCAUUGUUCUAGCUGUGAACUAAUAAAUAUGACAUACUUUUCAUACCUUUGUUUUGCGGAAACAAUGCUUUCUAUUCCGGCAACAUCGCAAUACAAAUGAAAGUAUCCUACACCAAUUUAGUUAUUUAGUUCAUUUAUAACCUUUGUUUAGGUAGUGUUGUGCUGAUAAUAUAUUGAAGCUGAUAAAGACAUAAAUUGAGAAGAUGAUAUUAAUUUAAUGAACAAGCAAUAAGUUAAUAACUAUUAUUUGAAAAGGAUUAGAUCAUUUUCGCGGAAAUUAUGAUGACAAUAGUGAAUAAAGAUUUUGAUAAGGUGUUGUGAAUAACAUGGAUCCAGGAAUUAUAUGUUUCCAGCACUGCGGUCCAAAAAUAUUUUGUUUUGCGUUACCUGAAAAUUGUCCAUCAUGUCAAAAAGACUUGGAAAUGGAAAAUUUUUCUCUCUUGCCUUUCAGAGUUCCUUAUCCUUUUGUAAAAGCAUCUCAGUAUCAUUGCGCAGUUGUUAUCAAACCAACGACAGGAGAUUUUUUGAAUGAUUACCAUAAUUCCAAAGAUCUACAUAUUGGAGUCACUACAUCUGAUGGGAAAAUAGUAGAAUUCGAUAGGCACGGACUCAGAUGCCACAGAAGCACGCAAUGGAAUCAAUGUCUCCUAUUAGAACAAGUACAUGGAUCUUGGAGAGAACAUUGGGACAAUGUUCUCAUGAAAAUUUGUUAUCAGAAAUGUUGGUCACCCGAAUUAUACAGAGAGGAUACUCAUAAUUGUUUCACGUUUGUUUUGACAUUUUUAGUAAAUUUGGGUUAUUCGUCUUUGAGUUUGGCCGCUAAAAGCAAAACUAAUUUUUGUGAAAAAUUUAUCAUUCCCAGAACUAGCUCUGCAGGAAAAUAUAUAUCGGUUUAUAGGAGGUUGAAACACGGCAUUUAUGUCCAUAGGAACAGUAAAAACUGAGAUAUGUUUUAGAAAUUGUUUGUUUUAACUAACCCUCUAUUGCAAGGGUGGGCAAAUACUUUUAAGGGCGUGACAUAUUCGAAAUGACACCUGAGCCGGAAGACCAUACCUCACAAGCAAAUAUUUUGGGUGAACAGAAACACUAUAAUCAUUUUAAAGCAUUUGGCCAUAGAAAUUUUAUAGUUGAUAAUAGGUACUAGUGAUAAUGAAUUGUCCACUGUUUCAAUUUAAUAUUAAUUAUAAUACAUUAAAAAAGUGGACAAUUCAUUAUUACUAUUAUAAUUAUUUAUAUUAUUAAAUAAUAAUUUAUUAUAUUCUCAAAAUACAGAAUAUAAUAUUAAGCUGAUUACCUGUUUUAUGAGAGUAUGUUGCAUACAUUAAAAUAGGGAUAAUUGUAGUUAUUCGAAAUUAUUGUUGAUUAUAUUAAAAUCGCUUAUAAUAAGAAAUUGAAAAAAUUGCAAUCAACAGCCCGGAUAAAGUAAGCAAAAGGGCUAAAUCCCACCCCGAUCGGACCCCUGCUCUAAUGCAUGAAUUAUGAAAAGAAUGAAAAAAAAUAUUUGGCGGUUUGUUUAGGCUUUAUUUGGGGAUAAAAUUUACUAAAAAAACGAAAAUUAAAAAAAAUCACUUGCAUAAACAAAUGUUUAGUAUCAAAAUAAAAACUAACCUUUGUCGUAACAUUUUCUACACUUUUUGUAAGUUUUUUAGCCACAAAAUUGACAUUUCUGCCUAUGGUUUUUCAUCAAGUAUAUGAGUAAAAUUGAACCUUUUAUUUUACUACUGUACAUUUUUUACUUUUGCAAAUUAUACAGUAUAUACAAAAAGAUUUCAUCUGAUAGUAGACAGAGAGUGUUAUUUGAAAUUAUAUACUGGUCAUUUUAGACAUACGAAGUUACAUAAAUUUGGUUAAAAUCAGUGAAAUUGUUUAAAAUAUAAUAAAAAAUAAUAUUUGAAAGUUUGUCAUCAUUUCCGUAUAGGGAAAAAAUUUAAUUCAAGGUCAAAAAUCAAAAAAAUGAGUUUUUUUGUGAUUUUCAUAAAAAAGUGAGUUUUAUCAUAAAAAUACCCCAGACAAAAAUUGUGGAUCAUAAAAUUAUCUUCAACAAACGUGUCGAAACUUCUUUUCAUACGAGCCACCGUUUUUGAGAUAUAAUGAUUUAAAAAGUUGUAAUCGUAAUAUGCAUGAGUACGCCUCGUAUAUACAUCUCUACAGUUGUAAAAUAAGUUAAAAUAUUGCAGAAACAAAAAUUAAAACAUUUUCAUACAUGCCAGGUUUAGAAUCAUAAUAAAAAUAUGCUAAUUUGUCGUUUUUGAAGUCGCAGAAUCCAUUAGUUAAUUACAGUAUUACCAAUCAUCGAAAUAAUUGUCUUCUGGUUCCGUUUUUUGUACUGGAUUUUUGAAUUGUACGAAAUUCCAUAGAAAAAUAUAUUUUUUGAAAAGUUAUAAGCCACUUAACCUAAGCUAAUAUAAACCUAACCUAGUCGAGGCUAAAGUAAACCUAAUCUAAUCUUAACUAACUUGGAAAUACUUUGAAAACCUCACAGACGUUAGAGGCCCCUCGGGAAGAUAUUCAGUAAUGGAGUGAAGGAUGUUGCAACUGUUAAUGUACCUGUGGAGUUCUUUUGGAGGAAGGAGAAAGAUCAAUAAAUGUAUUCAUUCCUGGGUCUGCUUAAUAACAUUCCAAUUUGAAUGUAAAAAAAGUAUAUAAAAACGUGAACAACAAUUAUUUUUGACUUGGUUUUCACUGUAUUUCGUUUCCCUCCCGAGUUCCUUAAAAAUAGCAUCUUCAAACUGAGUCCUCUUGUUUAAAUCAAGUAACAAAUUCAUUUAACCCUAUCUAACAGUUAACAAAUUCAAUUCAAACAAAUUUAUUAUUAUUAAAACCGAAAAUAUUGAUUUCCGACAUUUGCGACCUUCGAAAACGCUAAACUAACGUGUAUUAUGAUCCUGAAUCGAGUAUAUACGGAAAUAUAUAGUACAAUUAAACAAUUCUUCUACAAUUGUACGAUUUCGCUUUAAUAGUAUUAAAUGAACUGUAUCGAAGUCUUUCUAAUUACGUUAACUGAUGAGGUUAAAUCGGCCAAAACCGGUUAAUAACUAACAAUUAUUCUGCCUUAUGGCCAUUUAUCAUUCCUACUUUAUUUAUAUUAUUUAUGUUAUUGUUAGAAUUCAUUUAUAACUUUAUAGAUUUAUUAUAAAAUUUAUAUGAUAUAAUUACUUGUUGAAUAAAAGUUUAUUUUUCUA